AUGAUAAAGGGAUUGGGAUUUGGGAAUGGGAUACCAAAUGGUGUAAACGAGUUCUUACAAUUCCUCUUAAAUCGGCAGCUCAUGGGCUUAGGGAAAGACCUAUUGACAAAAGCCCCGGCAAUUAGUGCCAGAACUCAAUCAAAAUCGACUUUUUAUACAGUGAACGCCAACAGUUUGGCGGCACAGGGAGGCCUACAGAUCGGAGAUAUAAUUGUCAGAAUCUGUGGCAAUAGCGUGGAUGACAUGAGACACAAAGAGGCUCAGGAAGCCAUCUAUAGAGCCGGCAAUAGCCUCGACAUCACUGUUCAGAGAGGUGAUAUAAACACGUGGAGACCGAGUGUGACACCAGUCGGGGAGUUAAGACCCUCUGCCGGACAGACCACAUACACGAAGACCUCUUUAGCAAAACCACAACAGAACUCGACGCCAAUCGGAACGGGAUAUAACUCACCGGCGAAGCCCUUCAACAGCCCCAACAUCCCAUCUCUGGUGCACAAGCAGUACAACUCACCCGUGAAUCUGUACUCCGAGAAGAAUAUCGCCGAAACACUUGAGGCUCACACAGAAGUACUGACGACGGGUGCCGUCGGAAUAAACUUCAUGAGACCCGACGCCCCCAUCAAUAAGGAGUCUGCAGUCUAUCAGAUGGUUCACGACGAAGAAGUUAGGAAAGCAAAGGGGGAAUCGGGAUCGAAGUCAGUCUCUCCAGACGUACAUAAUAUCAGAAAUACAGAGACGACAUACAUGUCGACCCGACACGUGGAAGCGCCGGUAGAUAAGCCUCCGUCUGAACGACAGGAGAGAAUAAACCAAAAUAUAUGCUCCGAAUGCGAGAGACUUAUAGUGGGUGUAUUCGUGAGAGUGAAAGACAAGUCACUUCACGCCGAGUGCUUCCGAUGUGCCACAUGUGGGACGUCGUUGAAAAACGUCGGCUACUUCACCAUCAAUGAGAAACUCUACUGCGAUAUACACGCCAAACAAGUGUCUAACCUAAUCACACCCGGCGGUGUCAUACUACCCGUCUCGCCCAGCCAAAUCAGCAACAAUAUCGGCCCCAAUGUGUCAACCAAUUCAUACAACGCUACACAGAAUCGAGUGGCUCAGGGCUCACCACCUAAUCCGGGUCCUGUCCCAUAUCAUAGUACUCAAGGAGUACAUCAAUACAACUCUACUUCAAGCACUCAAUACACUAAAUAUGCUUCAGUCCCGCCACCAGUCGCUCCAAAGCCGACGUUCAAAAGCAACUCAACUCCCGGUGCGGCGCCUUAUUAUGGAAACUCAUACGGCAAUCAAUCUGAUGGUCAGACGGAUGGCUACCGGCCCUUCACAGUGUUUAAUCCGACAAUCACUGCACUCUUUGUCUAUCACUCUAUAUGUCUGCUUCCACUUCACACUCAAUGUCUAAACUCUUUGCACACUUACUGUCACUCUGUGUGUCUGUCCCGUAAUGUAAACGCCCGGUCAGGUCGUCCUAAAUUCCAUUGGCCGCCACCACAGCCACAGCCCAGUAGUGACUACCAGUCCCGUAGUGAAUACCACAAUAGGAAUCCCGUUUACAUCAACUCUAACACCACCGAUAGUAUCGCCACCGGCGCUCACAUGCGCGACAAUACCGGCCCCCGGAGGGAGAGACCGAAAUCCUUUGGGGAGUACUCCUCGCUCUACUCCACCACCACUACCACCCCAUACUCUAUGUCUUCGCACACUGUGUCCCAACACUAUCCCUACUCCAACCCCAACCCCUACCCCUACCCCCCGGACGACCGUAAACGAGCCACAAAUAUAUCGUCUUUUACCCCCAACGGCACCCCCUCUAUAGCCACUUACGCCACUAGCUUUACGCAGCACUCGACUCAACAGCAAACCAAACUACCGGCCCCUACAUCCACGCCGGUCAUCAACGCUCAAAGUUGGACACCAGGUUCGCCCUACUUGUCAUCCAUGAUCGGCCAGUCGUCUAUACCCGGCUCAUCACGAUCGGCGCCCCGUCGGGGCAGAGGUUUACUCAAGGGUCCCAUCACUGGCCCCAGCAUUCCUAUAUGCGGGACGUGUGGGACUCCCAUUCGUGGGCCAUUCAUAGUGGCGCUGAACAAGACGUGGUGUCCGCAACACUUCACGUGCGCUAACCAUCAGUGCAGUCGACCCCUGGAGGACAUCGGGUUCGUCGAAGAGCAGGGAAAGCUGUACUGCGAGACCUGUUAUGAGGCAUAUCUGGCGCCCAUUUGCGCCAAAUGUCACCACAGAAUCAAAGGGGACUGUCUAACGGCGCUGGAGAAGCAAUGGCACCCGGAGUGCUUCAACUGCGGCUACUGUCGCCAACCCUUCGGCAACAGUACCUUCUAUUUGGAAGACGGCGUUCCCUACUGUGAGAAGGACUGGAAUGAACUCUUCACCACCAAAUGCGUGGGCUGUGGGCUGGCCAUAGAGGCGGGCGACCGGUGGGUGGAGGCGCUCAACCAGAACUACCACUCCAACUGUUUCAUGUGCACCGUGUGCCGCAAGAACCUCGAGGGCCAGAGCUUCUACGCCAAAGGGGGCCGACCUUUCUGUAAAUCGCACGCCCGAUAGGCUCGCAGAACCACACGACUAUACCACCGGCACCGGCAGCCUAUCGACUGAAACACAUGAUUUUUGACAUACGAUUCCAUUGUUUUAAUUGUUUUUUGCAGUUGCGGUCAGGGUUUACCCGUUGCUGGUCGACCCCCUCCACACACUAUACCCACACCUCCUAUCGAUUGUUAGUCUCCGGAAUGGAUAUUAUUAUUGAAUUUGUUUUGUUUUUGUCCCAAAAUAUUAUAGACUUU